AUGAGUAUGGCUUCUGGUCUAUCAACAAAUGGUAGUAAUGCUCCCAUACUACCUAUGCAUGAUAAAACUCCAUUAGCCCAUUUACUCGAUGCAGCUGUACAAAAAACUUAUCAUGAACUAUAUACGAUGACAGAUCUUUUGCAAAACAAAACCAAUCUAGAACGAAAAAAAGAACUAGUAAAGUUUGCUUGUCGCACUCGUCAAUUGUUUAUACGAAUUUUGGCCGUUGUUAAAUGGGCCGCUACAGCUGGAAAAGUCAAUGCAUGCGAGAGUAUACAACAUUUUUUGGAACGCCGUGCACAACUUAUACGUGAAACAUCGGAUUGUUUGGCUCAAUUAGCACGGUUGAAACUUCUUGAUGCAAGAUUGCCUAAUUUCCCUAUAACAGAUGCUGUGGACGCGUUAACACUUGGCUCAGUGAACUUUUUACCUGAACGACUAUCGGAAGGAACAACUACUUUUGUACCAGCUAGCGAAACUGAACGACAUGAAAUUCUACCACGUCUUCAGCAAAUUCUUACGGCACGAUUAGCUAUUGCAGAAUUACCCAUUCAAUUUACUAAUGUCACAAUUAGAAAUGGCAUAGUAACAUUAGCUGUUGAUGGAGAAUUUGAAGUAAAAUUAGGGAUAACAAGUGAUAAUCUAUUUGCAUCGUGGCAUCUCUAUAAAACAAAAUUGUUUUUACGUGAUCCUGAAGAACCAGAACAAGAACUUGUUCAUCCUUUACAAAUGCAAGCAUUAACAAAUUGUAUUCAAGUUUGGUUUGGCGAAUCAGAAAAUGCUUUGGUUGAACUUUAUCGAUAUUUACAUUAUUAUUGUCAAUCAUUACGUUUACAUAUUCUACAUGAUCAAUCUUGUCGCAUACGUAAUCGAAGUUCGAAACAAAAACAUUUAUAUUUAUCGAGUUAUAUACCAUGUAAAAGUCUUAGCAUUGAGUAUUGGAAAGAACACAAUUUAAAUGGUUUUAAUAAUCAACAGAAAAAGGCCAUAACAAAUGAAAAAACUCGAGAUAUUGGUAUCACAAUUUUAUGUGAUGAUGAUGGAAAAUUUCAAAUAAGUCAUUGGCCACCAUUACCUAUUGAAGAUAGUGUUGCAAUAUUAGAUAUACUAGAAAGGCCAACAUUUACUAUGGAAGAAAUUCUCAAUAGAACAAUCUAUGCACGAUGUCAACGUCGAUUUGAAGAAUUAAAAGAAACAAUUUUGUCAACAGCAUCAGCAAACAUUGAAAUUGAUCCAUUGAUUCCAGCAUUGAAAUGCGAAUUUUUACCUGACAGUACAUCAGAAGAAGCUUUAUUUAUAUCAAUAAGUCCUUUUUCGGGUUUAUAUAAAGUGAUGUCUUACAUGGAAACUCGAUACUCACAACAAAUUGAAUAUGCACUUAAUCGUGAUCAAGGAACUUUGAUUGAUGCAAUCAAUUUAUUUAAAAUAUGGUUAAUACAACAACGUAUUCCAUCUCUCCUAGCUCAUCUUAAUUGUCAUAUUUAUACGCGAAUACCAUCGUUGAAUCCAAAACAUGAACUAAUCAGUCCAUUUGUUAAUAAUGGUAUUUAUAUUGAACUGAUACAUCAUGAAGGUUAUUACAUUGUUGUUCAUGUGUCUGAUGUAAAUCAAUUACUAAUUCAAUAUUAUUUAUUAAUUGUGGAAAAACGUUCAGCAACACAUGAUCCACUGGUAGUUCAACAACAAAAUUCACAAUAUAAUCAACAAUCAAUGGUAUUAAAUUAUGAGUGUGCAAAAUGGAUGUUAGAACCACUUGUUUUAUGUCCACUAGAUCCAACUGCAUUUUUAAGAAAAGAAUUUGUAGAAUUGAAAAAUUCAUUUCAAUUUGGUAAAACAAGAGAAACAAUUGCAGAUGACAUCGGGAUUAAACAAGCGAGAUCGACAUCAGUUGUUUCACUUAAGUUAUUAUUAAAAUUAAUUAAUUAUUAUGAUGAAAUGCUCACAUUUACGUUUUUAAAAGAAGAAUUUCAACGUAAGAAAACAAUAUGUAAAGGUAUUAUCUAUAGCCCAUGGACCGGUAUUCCAUACCUUGACAUCGUUCGAACAUCAACUGGUGAUGAUUCGUUUUCAUCAAAUACAGAACUUUGGAAUUAUGUAAAUGAAUGUUUUUGGCCACGUAUUUUAUCAUGUACUGUUCGGUUAGUACACACAUUACGUGAAACAAACAAUGCACAUAAACAUAGUGAAAGACAAUGGGUUUUACAAUUGAAUUUGCCCAAUAAUAAUUAUUUUCAUAAUUCAAUUAUAAAAACUCCAUAUACUUCGAUAAUUGUUUGCAAGAGUAUAUUAGCAAAAUUAUAUUCGAAAACAGUUGAUUAUAUUCAUAGUGAACUCCGAGCUGCAUUUGAAUUAACAAAUCUAUUUGAAAAUUAUGCAUUAUCAUUAUCAGAAUCAGUUGAUCUUCGAGCAAUUGCUGAAAUAAAUUCGUUCAACUUUUUUAAAUCUACAAUUCAUUAUGGACCAAAUUUUGCUUUUGCUGUAACGAUAACGCAUAAUAAUAAUCAACAAGAUUCAAAUUCAAAUAUAGGAUGGACAUUCAACUUACGUUUUGUAACAACAAAUAAUAAAUUCCUAACAACAGCUCAUCAAAUAUUAAAUGGAAAAUUACUUCAAUUUUUAAAUCGAACACGUUCGUUCAAACAAUUUAUUCGACUAUUACAUAUGACUGCUAUUCCAAUAUCUUUAAUAGCUCGAUUAAAUUGUUUUAAUCGUCCAAUUAUUUUUCUGAACCAAGGUUCAUGCAUUCAAUCAGUACUUACAAUUGUUCCUUAUACUGAAUUUCGAUGGCGUCUUAUUUUCGGUCAAAUUUUUGCAAUUGAUAUUCAAAUAUGUGGACCCAAUCUAAUACUUAUACGUGAUGGAGCAUACAGUGUACAGCUAAACAGUUUAUUACAGGAACUUUUGCCCAUACCUAGACUUAAAGAAUUUUUAUCUAGAUAUGCUGAUGAUCGAGGUCUAACGUUUGAAUUUACUCAUAUAACAGAUCGUUUACGUGAUCGUGAUUUUAUUUUACCUGAAUUACAAUUGCCACCGAUACCAUUUCCCAUAUCAUUACCAUCAACAACAACAACAACAACAGCAAUAACAAAUCCAUCAUCAAAUCGAGCAUUAGCUUCAGGAAAUGCAGCAACUCCACAUCUAUUACAUCCUGCUGGAACACCCGGUUCAUCACUUAAUCCAUUGACGCCAGCUAGUGUUGGUCCUAGCAGUCAAUCUCAACAACAAGCUAAUUCACCAUCACAACCAAUGAUUGCGCCAAGUCCUGGUUUUAUGAGUAUGGGUUCACCUAUGACGAUGACCUCAAUAGGUUCACCAAUGACAAAUAAUACUACAACACAAUUAACAGCUCCAUCACCAAUGGGUAUUCCAACAGCAUCACCAGGAAAUAUUUAUGAAAUUCCAUAUAUAAGUCCGGCACCUCGACCACCUGGUUCAUCAUUCCCAGGUUCAUUUCUUGGUCCAUCACCUGGUACACCUGCUAAUAUUACGAUGACAUCUGCAGCAACUCCAAUAAAUAUUCGACCCGAUGACAAUAGUAAUAAACAAACGUCAACAUUACACAGUUAUAAUCGACAUUUAUAUACUAAACACUAUCCUGUUUAUAUGAGUCAGCAAACAUUUUUUCGAAUGCUUUUUACAUCUGAUGGCCAACAAUGGUCCAAAUUAGAAUCUUUCCUUGCAUCAUCAACUCUUGUAAAACAUUUUGCUCGAGCAGUUUCAGAACCAUUCGAUGCAAAUAAUCCAACAGUUCGUCCUGUAUCAAACGAACAAGAUACAUAUAGAAUAGAGCAUUUAUCCUUACAAAUCGCUUUUGUAUUUGAUAGUAAUACAGGAACAUAUAGGAUUCAUUUCACAUCAUUAGUUGACUCAUGCUCUCAGCAACAGCAGCAGCAGUCCAAUUUUGGUUGGCUACAAGAGGAGCUGCAAGCAAUGGAAACGUUUUUUAACGAUAACUUUUUUCCUAUAUCAAUUUUAUCAAAUUCAAUGAAUCAAAUAGUUACGCCAACGAUUGAUGUAUUGUCAUUGGCAGCAGCAACACAAAAUCGAAAUACAGUUAUGGGAACAUUUGAAAAAAUGCUUUCGCAUAUUCAUCCACGUGUUUUGCAUGAUCUAAUAAAAAUUAUUCGAAGUGAACAGAAUCCCGAAAAUCAUCAUUUAUGGCGAGCACGUUGGUGUUUAACAAUUCCACAAGGAAACGGUUUUUCACAAGUCGGUCAACCAGCUAUCUAUUGUCAACCUGGUCAACCAUCUAUUUUUAUUUUUCAAUUUACUCCACGAGUAAAUCGAAAUGACUUUCAAAUGUCUAACAAUUCAAAUACAUCGUCAUUUGUCGUUCCAUUAACACACGAUGUAAACACAAAUCAAACAGCAUUAUGGGAUCGACUACAUAAACAACCAUUAAUGGGUAAUGAACAUAAAUAUCAAAAUGUUAUGAAAAUUCUUAACAAUUCGCGUGAUACGAUAAGUAAAUAUGAAUGUUCAUUAUACCCAUCGAUUAUUGAAUUAAUAUGUGGUUUACAAACUCCACAAAUAUCCAGUUAUUCAUCGUGA